UGAUUGCGGAGCGGAAAACAUACCUGCAAAUCGCCCGGGUGGUCAACGAGUCCAUUGCCUUCAUGCUGACCGUAUCGAAUGUAAAAAUGUCUGGGUCUGGAAGAAUGCAACUUGUCAUGCUAAAUCUGAAGCAUGUAAAAAUCUGUGUUGCAUGAUUACCAAAAGUCGUCCAGUUUUGACCAAGUCGGGAGGGAGUUUCUCAUGCAGGAUAGGCAUGAGAGAGAUCGCACAGAAUCUUUCAUGCUAGGUCCUGCAUUCCAGACCUCAUGGCUCAUGGGAAAUCUGCAUGACAAAUCGCGCAUUCUUCCAGACCCAGGCAUUUUUGCAUUUGAUAGACCAGCGCGGAGGCUGAGGCAUUGCCGGAGAACUUCACCGCGCUGGCCAUGGGAAUCGCGGGGAGGCGGAAGUGCAACAUGAUCCGGCAGAAAAUCGCCAAAGAGCUGAAGUUCAUUGACGCUUCCGUUUCCAUGGAGGAAGCCAUCUGGAUGCUGGGCGGGUGCAGGUUCAUGAAGGGCGUCUCGCGGACAGUAAUCGAUCU